AAAACAAUGUGUGUUUGUCACUACAAAUUAGAGCCCAAAUUUUGUGUAUUUUCAUAAGGACUUACAGGCUUUUGCUUUGUCGUCCAGUUCGGCAUGUCCAGCUGCUCCGCUGCCCGCCAAGCGUUUAAAGUUCUCAUCUCACACCCGAAUGUGCCGGCGCCGGCAUUGGAUCUGUUGCGCUCACGAGGCGGAGAGCUGAUCUUUUGUGAAUGUGUGCCGCCGUCGCGCUCCGAGAUUAUCAGCAAGGUGGCCGGCGUGGAUGCCAUAUUUUGGGCACGAUAUCAGCCGCUGAAUGCAGAAAUUUUGGAUGCAGCCGGCUGUCAAUUGCGAGCAGUUAGCACCAUGUCCGCGGGCAUAGACUAUGUGGAUGUGCCGGAGUUCAAACGCCGUAACAUACCGCUGGGACACACGCCAGACGUGGUGCGCAAUUCCGUAGCCGAACUGGCAAUUGGUUUGAUGAUUGCAGCCGGUCGCAAUUUUCACGACGGACGUUGUAAGAUCGGCAGAUCGCAGUGGCGCAUUGAGGAAGUCGACUGGUUGAUGGGUCAGGAAAUUCGCGACUCCGUGGUGGGUUUCUUUGGAUUUGGCGGCAUAGGCCAGGCAAUCGCCAAGCGCUUGCAGAGCUGGGAUGUGGCCAAAAUACUCUACACCACCCGCACUCGCAAGCCCAAUGAGGCGGACUAUAAGGCCGAGCAUGUGCCUUUCGAACGGUUGCUAAAGGAGAGCGACUUCGUAGUCGUGGCCAGUCCGCUCACGGAGGAGACACGCGAGAAAUUUAACUCGCAGGCUUUCGGGCAAAUGAAAAGCAGCGCUGUGUUCGUCAAUGUGGCCAGAGGAGGUAUCGUAAAGCAAAGCGAUCUGCAUGAUGCACUUAAAUCAGGACGCAUAUUUGCUGCCGGCCUAGAUGUAACCACACCGGAGCCCUUACCGGCUGACGACCCACUCCUAAAGCUGCCCAAUUGCGUUGUACUGCCCCAUCUGGGAACACAGUCCUGGAAGACCACUACAGAAAUGGGCAUGUUGGCUGCCAACAAUAUCCUCAAUGCCUUGGAAGGCAAGCCCAUGAUCAAGUCGGCUUAUUAAACUUUCGAGUGCGUAUCGAAUUCGUAUAAACUCUUUAAUAUAUUUGUUUUUAUUUUUGGUGUA